CGGGAAGCGGCUGCAGGGCCUGGACCUCAUCGGUGGGCGGGGCGGGGUGUCUUUGUCCUCAGCCUGCCUCUGGCACCGCGGGCUAGUCACCUUGCCCCUGUUUGGGCGCGCUAAGCAGCAGUCGAGGAUCCCAUGAGUGCUUAGCGCGGGCCGCAUACAGAGGUGCUUAAUAAAUGCUCCUUCUUUCCCCUCCCCUUUCUCCCUCUAGCCUCCCCCAGGACUAGAACCCUGCACAAAUGCAGAAGAUGAGAAUGAACAAGUUUAAAAGGUCCAAUUAACCCCCGUGGCAUCCACUUUUCCCCGUACCCCGCUAAUCCAGUGGUCCUCGGCUGGACAAGGAAAGCAGACCCCGAGCCAGAGCCUCCUGGUCACAGCUGCUUCCCCCAGCCCCCACUCCUCCUUGGGGGUACUCAGUGACCCAGGGGAGGCCUGGGUGAGACCCACCUCCCCAUUUUGAGUUCCUUUAGCGUGUGUCCCGCCAGCUGUAGGAUGGAAGUUAAACUGCCCGCAGCCUUGUCAUUGCACAAGCUUAUAACCGGUUUAAUCGCUUUAAUUAAAAGCCAAUGUUCUGCCCCGGAUUGGGGCGGGGGAGAAGCUCCUGCUAGGCCCGAUGCCAGGGAUGACCCCAGAUGGAUGACGGCUCGUGGCCCCCAGAGCUUUGGGUGUGGCGCGGAUUGUUGGUCGGGGCUUCUGCUUGGCCGAGGUCCAGGCUCUCGGGACGUCGCCUCGGUUGGCCUCGGUGGCAGGUGACGGUGCGAGAUGCUUUGAAUCAGGCGAUGGAUGAAGAGUUGGAACGGGACGAGAAGGUCUUUCUGCUCGGAGAAGAAGUGGCGCAGUAUGACGGUGCCUACAAGGUCAGCAGAGGCCUGUGGAAGAAGUAUGGAGACAAGAGAAUAAUCGACACGCCGAUAUCCGAGAUGGGCUUUGCCGGGAUUGCUGUGGGGGCAGCUAUGGCUGGAUUGAGGCCUAUUUGUGAAUUCAUGACCUUCAAUUUCUCUAUGCAAGCAAUUGACCAGGUUAUAAACUCAGCUGCCAAGACUUACUAUAUGUCAGGUGGGCUUCAGCCUGUGCCCAUUGUCUUCAGGGGACCUAAUGGUGCUUCGGCUGGGGUGGCUGCCCAGCACUCGCAGUGUUUUGCAGCUUGGUAUGGGCACUGUCCUGGAUUAAAAGUGGUCAGUCCUUGGAGUGCAGAGGAUUCAAAAGGACUUAUGAAAUCAGCAAUCCGGGAUGAUAAUCCAGUUGUGGUGCUGGAAAAUGAACUGAUGUAUGGAGUUCCUUUUGAAUUUCCAGAGGAAGCUCAGUCAAAAGAUUUCCUGAUUCCUAUUGGUAAAGCUAAAGUAGAACGGGAAGGAACCCACAUUACAUUGGUUUCCCACUCACGACCUGUUGGCCAUUGUCUGGAAGCUGCCGCUAUACUGUCUAAAGAGGGAGUGGAAUGUGAGGUGAUCAACCUGCGUACCAUUAGACCGAUGGACAUUGAGACCAUUGAGCUCAGCGUGAUGAAGACCAAUCACCUGGUGACCAUCGAAGGAGGCUGGCCCCAGUUUGGGGUGGGAGCUGAGAUCUGUGCCAGGAUCAUGGAAGGUCCUGCAUUUAACUUCCUUGAUGCUCCUGCUGUCCGAGUCACCGGGGCUGAUGUUCCUAUGCCUUAUGCAAAGAUCCUGGAAGAAAACUGCAUCCCUCAAGUCAAGGACAUCAUCUUUGCAGCCAAGAAAACACUGAAUAUCUAAUUUGUACUUGACGUUGAAGUCCCUGGGAUUUCUUGCGUGUAAUUAUUGCUUCAGAGGUUAGGAUGCCUGUCGGUUCACAUGCGUAAUUGUACCGGUCUGGAGCCACAAGGCCUCUGGGUACCAUUUUGUGUGGGGGACAGCAUCAAAGCACUUGGGGUCAUCUCAGUCCUGAGACCUUCACCCUUUUGUGUCUCUUACAGUUAAGCUAUUUCUGCUCCAAAGAAAACGAUUCAGUAGAAUGUUUCUGCCUCCGUUACCAACAGGACGAUGCAUUGGGGGCUUUGAAGGAACCCCGGCCAAGGAUCUGCCUGACAGUUAACUUCUCUGUACAGAGGGAAGGCGUGAUCUGCCUCAAUUAAGUUCUCUUUUGAUGAGGAAUAAAUGCCUUCUGGUUCCAGUCA